AUGUGGAUUAUAGAAACGAACAUUGCACGGAAUUCGGAUUUGUUCAAGGCCAUGGUGUUCACGCCGAUGUCUACUGCUGUAAAUGCAGUAGCACAGCUUGUGACCGAUCAAUCAUUGACAGGAAAGGUCGUGGAAUUACUUGGUGAGCAUGUCAGCUUUGCAGAGCCCCCGGCCUAUGUGGAUGAGGCCACGGGUUAA